GAUGUUUUUUUCCCAUCUGACGAGCUGGCCGCCCUACAGUUUGUUUCUGCAGCCGAGUUUGUGAAGCAGGACACCAGCACCAACAUUUUUGUAGCUGCUUUCACAACUGCAUGGGCGCGGUUGAAGCUGUAUGAGGAGAUGGACAAAUUAGGGACUCACGUACUCUACCAUGAUACAGACAGCAUCAUUUAUUCCAGUGAUGGAACUAACGACCCUCCUCUCGGAAACUUUCUUGGGGAUUUCACGGACGAAUUGGACGGUGGCACCAUCUCUGUUUUUGUGUCUGGUGGCCCGAAAAACUAUGCCUACACUACAAGUGACGGGGAAACUUGCUGCAAGGUACGUGGGUUUACCCUAAACCACAGGAACGUCCAGCUCCUCAACUUCGAUUCCAUCAAGCAGCUCGUGCUAAACUUGGACGAACCCUCCUCCAUCAAUAUCCAUAACCCGGCAAAAAUUUGCAGGGAGCCAAAAAGGAGAAAAAUUAUGAAUAAAGUUGAAAAUAAAAUGUAUCAAAUAAUCUACAACAAAAGAGUCAUACAACCGGACUAUUCGACCUUGCCCUAUGGGUACUAGACUUUUUCUCAUACCAUCACCUUUUUCUCUAUGCUCAAAAUAUGUUCGAAAAAAAAAUAAAUAUGUAUGCAAAUCACAUACUGUAUGUAAAUAGUUGUACUUGAUGAGUAUAAAUUGUAUUUUUUCUUUACGAGUUUUGCAAAAAGUGUUUAAAUGUGUGCCAAAAAAAAUGCAUUUAUU